AAUUGAAUUCCUUUUCUGGGCUAAUCAGUUGUUCAACAUGAAAUUCGCUUGCACUACGGUCUUGCUGCUGGCCGCCGUCCUUGGCGCUGUCCAGGCAUCGGUGGAUUGGGCCAAUGUCAAGAACAUGAACAUUGUAAUCAAUCCCGCCACAACGCGUCGCCAAUUGUCCCCCGAGGGACGUAUCACUGGUGGUGAGAUUGCCGAAAGGAAUCAAUUCCCCUAUCAAGUUGGACUAUUGCUCUACGUGAAUGGUGGUGCUGCCUGGUGUGGUGGCACUUUGAUCAGUGAUCGUUGGGUGGUUACGGCAGCCCAUUGCACGGAUAGCCUUACAACCGGUGUGGAUGUCUAUUUGGGUGCCUGGGAUCGUUCCAAUAACACAGAAGAUGGCCAACAGAUCGUUUUUGUCGAGACCAAAAAUGUGAUUGUUCAUGAGGAUUGGCAGGCCGAUACCAUUACCAAUGAUAUUUCUCUGAUCAAGUUGCCAGUGCCCAUUAAGUUGAACGAGCAUAUUCAGCCAGCCAAAUUGCCAGUGAAAUCGAAUACAUAUAACACCUAUAGUGGAGAGAAUGGCAUUGCCUCCGGCUGGGGAUUGAUCAGUGAUCAGGCCACCGCUGUUACCGAUAAGCUGCGUUAUAUUGAUGUCCCAAUUAUGGCCAACUCUGGCUGCAGUCCCUGGUACUUGGGUCUGGUGGGUAGCACCAACAUUUGCAUUAAGACCACUGGCGGUACAUCCAUCUGCAGCGGUGACUCUGGCGGCCCAUUGGUGACCAAGGAUGGCUAUCUGAUUGGUGCCACCUCCUUUGGCAUUGCUUUCGGUUGUGAGGUCGGUUGGCCAGGCGUCUUCACUCGCGUCACUUCCUACCUGGACUGGAUUGAGGACAAAACUGGUGUGGCCAACUAUGGCAAUUGAAUUGAUUAAUGGCAUUGGCCGCAAAAAAAAAGCUUAAAUAAUAAAUUUUUAUUCCAACUGGCUA